AUGUCCUCCGCCACCCCCGAUCCCGCCCCUGAAACGCUCGAAGCCCUACAAACGCGUCAUCGCAAGGAACAACGCGACCUCGUCUCGCGCACGACACAGAAGAAGAAGCAGGCCAGCAAGAAGACGCGCAAAGGCGUGAACGAUGAGUGUGAGCGCCUGGAGAGGGAGCUGAAGGAGCAGCAGGAGGCUGAGAUUGCAGCGAUGAACGGGGAGGUCACACAAAGGGAAAACGAAGCCGAUCAAGAGACAGAAGAAGAUGUUGACGUGGUAGAGGGUGUGCAAGACCUAAACGUAAAUGAACGUGUGAUGCCGAAGGAAGAUGCAGCACAAGACGAGGACGAGGAUGUUGGAGGGAGUGGGAAGAAGAAGAAACCCAACCGCGCAAAAGCCCGACUCGCCCGCCGCGACGCCGAGCGCGACGCUCUCGUGCGCGCCGCAGAAAUCGAGGCUAAAUCCCUCCCCAACCCGCGCGAGCAGGAACGAACACGUAUGUCCUCGCAACUCGAAGCUCAUAAGCUAGCAUUACACGAGAUACGCGCAGAUGGACAUUGUCUGUACGCUGCCGUCGCCGAUCAACUCAACACACGGGAGCUUGGGUUGGAGCCAAGCAUCCCUGUCGCAAUAGCAGACGAGGAGAAUACGGGAGAAUACAAGAAGGUCAGAUAUGCAGCUGCAGACUGGAUACAAGCUCACGCCGACGACUUCUCCGGCUUCACGGAAGACCCGCUGCCGGAGCAUGUGCGCAAGAUUAGGGAGACAGGAGAAUGGGGUGGGCAUCUGGAAUUGCUUGCCCUAGCGCGAACGUAUGGAGUCAGGAUCUGCGUGCUACACAGUGAUGGGCGCGUAGACAAGAUUGAGCCUGAGGGAGAAGACACGGGCAGGGAGGAGAUCUGGCUGGGGUACUAUCUUCACAGCCACGGGUUGGGCGAGCAUUACAAUUCGUUGCGCAAAGC